CGCCGCGUCGCCAUGGAUCCGCCGCACCUCACCGAGUUCGCUUCCGAGCGCUACUUUGAGAAGCUCAGCCAACUCAACGCCAGCCGCCAGCAGGCGGAUCAUGCGGAAGCCAGUGUCACGACGACGGCGACGACGUCGAGGUUCAUCCUACCGUUGCGAGAGUCGUCCAAGCCCACGGAUGUCGACGCCCUCAAACCUGCCGACUCGAAACGCGAGAAGGGUCGCUUCCUGAGUUUUCGACAAAAGGUCUCUCUAGGCUCAAAACACUCAAAAACCGAUGUUGAGCAUACGACAACGCUACAUUCAAGAGCCUCUACGGAGUCGACGCGAAAAAGCAUCCCUUUUGAUCAACUAUUCAGCGCAUUACCGAGCGAACUACAGCUCCAAAUCAUCUCAUCCCUCCCCUUGACAGAUAUUCUUAACCUCCGACUAGCCUCGAAAUCAUGGCACUCACUCAUCACCGCAAACGAAACACCCAUUGUCCGACAACAUCUGUAUAAUCACAUACCCGCAUAUGCUAUUCGCCUAUAUCCCAUACCUGAUAACUCCGCCGAAAUCAACUUCCACUAUCUGUGUAGUCUGUGGCAUCGUCUCCAUGUCGCGGCCAAGCUAUCGUAUUUGAUGUGCGAAUGGAUUACAAAAGAUAUAUUUUUAAGACAGACGGAAGCCCAGAAGCUGGCAUUCGCACCACAGCACGAGCGUAUGCGCCGACGACUGAUACCUUUACUGUUCACCACUUUCCACUUUUUCGAGACGUACCGGAAACUGCACUUGCAAUAUAUUGCUGAACACGGACACGGACUGCAAAGGGAACCAUACACGGUGAAUCCGAUCGAGACGCAAAUCAUGAACAUGUAUGACAACCAGACGCUACUGAGGGUCCAUGAAGUAUUCCCUCUCAUCAUCUCGUCCUUUUGCCGCCGCCUGCGACCCCCGACGUAUGUUGGUCGAGUGGAACGAUCAUUACGUGGUUAUCUGAGGGAACGACCGCCCGACGAAGUUCAUGUGGCCAUCUUGUGCCUAGGUGGACUUCGCCAGGUAGAGAAGCUGUGGGAAACAAAGGGCUACAACAACCGACGGGCUGCUGUUGAUAUUUGGUUUGGCUCUCUCACCAAGGAGCCUGUUGGCGAAGCCUCUGCCAAGGGCCGGCUAGGAUUGAAGGGCUUUGGACGGAAGAAGUCAACAAGCAGCGAUCGACCUCCGCACCGGACAUCAUUUAGCGAAGGCGGCCGCCGGAGUCCGUGGGGAUCGGUAGAUUCCACCCACAACGGGGGAUUCAUGCCGUAUAGCGUCUUCAAUACCAGUCUCUCGGCCGAUGCGCCCAUGGCACCUCUCGAACGCGACAACGCAAAGACUCUACUAGGGGAUCUCCCAUCGCUGCAGUCCAUUUGGCUGACCACAGCCGAGGCCAUGAUUAUGGACCGCAAGAUUGUGCAACGGCCGCAGGACAUCAAGCGGAACCAGCAGGUUAUGCUGGAUCUAAUACGAGAGGAUGGCCUGGACGAAGAAGACGAAUGGUGCUACGGCCGCCACAUCUCCGACUCAGUGAGGCCACCUGCCGCAGCCCUUGGCGACGAUGCGGACUAAAGCCUCUCGCCUACCUUUUUAUUAUACUGCCCAAUAUAUACACGGCUCAUCUACAUCUACCUUUUUUGGUCUUUAUAUACGCUUGCUUUCAUCGGGCAUGCCAUCUUUCUUUUGAACUAAGCACAACCAUCUGCUUAUACCAUUUAUUUCCUUGUGUUUGUUGUGUCCCUGGACGACACAAAAAGAAGCAUUUACAGGCGUUUUUUUUCUUUAGGGAAGGGGAUACGGAUGGAAUCCACGCGAUGUGAGAAUUCCGGUUGUGGAAUAUCUUGGGGUUAUCUGUGGUCUUUUUGUUUUUUUACCUUGCUCCUUAACCUCUCUCAUAUUCUUUCCCUCUAAAGAUUUCCUUUAUUUGUCUAUCUCGACUUCCUGUAUCCGUCUCUUCCCUUUUUUUGUGUCUGUGAUUUGGACUAGUUAAAUGGGGGUCCCCCUUUUUCCGUCCUGCUUGUCAUAUCCUGGGGAAAUAUCCUGCAUUGGCACAGCUUUCAGCCGCAUGCAUAGAACCUGCGCAGUCUGUUCUCAUCUUAUCUGUCUGCUCUGCCUGCUUGCCUGUCUGUUAAACCUUUUUGUGUUUUUCGACUCUUCUCUUAGCAGCGUUAUCUUCCUUUGUUUUCUUCGCUAUAUUUUUGCGUACUCUCAUUUUGUAGCCCUCUCGGCGAAACUGGUAUACGGCCAGCGCUGAUUGCAAAAAAAUUGAAGAAAAGACACAUUCUUAAAU